GGAUGGGACUGUGAGCCAGAGAGGACGGAGCUCUGCCUGGACUUCUGACCCUGGCUGAAGCCAUGGCCUUCAGAGGUCCUAAUCUCUACCUCCCUGCAUCCUUGCUGAGCCAGAGGCUGAAGGCUGAAGAGAUGACACUGGACCUGGAGUUUGAGGUCUUGAGUGUGGGAUUUAAUGAGGAGGGCAGAUACGCCCUGAGGCUGUCAGCUGAGAACCCACUACAGGCAGGCUCUGGGGCUGGAGUGCAGUUGCGUGUCAAUGAUGGGGACCCCCUCCCAGCCUGCUCUGCUGUCACUGAGGUCAUUGAGCAGCAGGAUACUGACCAGAGCCUCACCUUCACCAGGAACAAAUUUAUCUUUACUUUGCCCAAAGGGUUCUGCAAGAAUGACGGGCAGAAUGAUGCACAUCUGCGUAUAGAGGCACUGAGGCUGGAUGGAUCUUCAGGACAAGUGGCCCAGAGGGUGGGUGAGGCUAUCUUUCCCAUCUACCCACGACCGGAUGAGCCCCGAAUGAACCUCACAGCACAGGAGCAUGAGGACCUCUAUCGUUACUGCGGCAACCUGGCUCUUCUCCGAGCUAGUGAGGACCCCACGACCCGUCACUGUGGGGGCCUGACCUACAGUGUGGCCUUCCACGUGCACCGAGCCCCUAGGUCCUCUGUCCCAAACUGCCUUGUGGAGCCCAGCCAGCCAGAACUGAUUCUCCUAUGUUCUCAGCAGACUUUGAGGGAGGUCCUGAGUGACAAGGCAGAAGUCUUUUCUGUGAGCCCAUCCAGCUCCAACAGUGACCAGGAAGAACUUAGCUGGGAACCAGGACGCUGGCAGCAUAAGGCUCAGGUUCCUGAAGAACCAGGGGACCCCCUGGAUAUCUCCCUGGACCCAGGUCCUGACACCAACUACCUGGCUCCCUAUAAUAAGGAGAUUGUCACGGUCACUGUGCACGGAGCUACCAACCUUCCUGCCAGCAAGGAUGGCUCUGAGCCGUGGCCCUAUGUGGUGGUAAAAACCACAUCAGAGGAAGCCACCGCUCCCAGCCCCAAAGCAGUGACCUCUGUGACCUCAGAACCCACCAGAGCACCCAUCUGGGGGGACACAGUGAAAGUGGAGAUCCAGGCAGAGGAUGCAGGACGGAAAGGUGUCAUCCUCAAGGUGAUGGACAACAAUAAGAAGGAGGAGCUGGUGUCCUAUGAAAUCCCCAUUAAAUACCUGCGUGUAUUCCACCCAUACCACUUUGAGUUUAAAAAGUCUGAGAAAGCUGAUGACGCCACGGCCAAGACCCGCCUCUAUGCCACCGUGGUUCGGAAGGGCAGCUUACUACCCCAAUACAUUGGCUGUGACCAUACAGCUCUGGAGGUCUUCCUUCGGGGAAUCAACGAGCCCCUGGUCAACAGCCCCAACCCCAUGGUGGUGAUCGCUCGGGUGGUUCCCAGCUAUACUGAGUUUAAGGCCAGCCAGGCCAGGCGGGACCGUGCCUCUGUGGGGCUGCCCCUCACCCAGAUCUCUGUCCCUAUCUCUUCACCAAUGAACUUCGAUGUGCCUCGGGUCAGUCAGAACGGGUGUCCUCAGCUGUCCAAGCCUGGGGGACCCCCAGAGCAGCCCUUAUGGAACCAGUCCUUCCUCUUCCAAGGCCGAGAUGGAGCCACCAGUUUCUCAGAGGACGCAGCCCUGGUGCUAGAGUAUUACCCUUCUGCCUCAAUGAAAAGCAGUGAACCAUGGACCCUCAAGCAGCCCCUGGGUGUCUCCGUGCUACCACUAAAAUCUCGUCUCUACCACAAGAUGUUGACAGGAAAAGACUUGAAAGGGCUGUGUGUGGAGCGGCUCCCCAUCACGGACACCCACCUAAAAACCAUCAGUGGAGAGCCCCCCACAGUGAAUCUCUCCUUCCAACUUCUUUCCUCUGAGAGGCCAGAAAACUUCUUGACACCAAACAAGAGCAAGGCUCUGCCCACUCUGAACCCCAAGAUCCUAGAUGAGAAUCUGGGUGCCAUCCGUGAGUCCUGGUCCAUGAGCUCCUCAGAAUCCUCUCAGGAAGCCGAGGAGCCUCAGACAUUGCGUGACAUGGAGAUGAACAACUACCGGCGGGCCUUGCAGAAGAUGGCAGAGGACAUCCUGGCACUGAGGAAGCAAGCCAGCAUCCUGGAGGAGGAGAACCGUAUGCUGAGGAACCAACUGACCCAGCAGAGCAUGGAAGAAGAACAGAGCAGAGCUGAAGAAGAGAACCUGGCAGUGUCCAUGAAACAGAGUCUACUGCUGAGUGAACUGGACAUAAAGAGGCUGCGAGACAGGGUGCAGCACCUGCAGAAUGAGCUGAUUCGGAAGAAUGAUCGAGAGAAGGAGUUGCUGCUUCUGUACCAGGCCCAGCAGCCCCAGGCUGCACAGCUGAAGCGGUACCAGGACAAGCUGCAGAAGAUGAAGGCCCUGGAGGACACUGUUCGGCACCAGGAGAAGGUGAUUGAGAAGAUGGAGCAAGUGUUGGGAGAAAGGCUCCGUGAGAAGAAGGAGCCAGCACCAGCAGCAAACAGGCCACAGGGGAAUCCCAACGUGGGCGGACCUGCUCCCCCAGGCAGAUCUCAGACCUUCCCCGCGUUCACAGCCUCUGGCAUUCACAUGGGCCCCACGGGAGAGAACGUGGCUGUUGAUCUUUACUCCAUGCUGCUGGCAGAAAACACAAGGCUGCGGGCAGAGUUGGAAAAGAACCACCAGCACUCAGCCCCCAUCAUUCUGCAGCAGCAGGCCUUGCCGGUGGAUCCCAGGGAGUUGGGAGCAGGUGGAGACUUGGCAGAGAGGCUCCGAGACACAAAAGGCCCAGGCCACUCCAAGGGCACAGAGACCUUGCCAGUGCAGGAUCUCCUUGGUGGUACUUCAGACAAGUUUAACCUCCUCACCAAGCUAGAACAAGCUCAGAAUCGGAUCUUGUCCCUGGAAAACCAGCUGGAGGACUCAGCUCGCCGCUGGGCACAAGAGAAGCAAAACUUGGCCAUACGGCUUCAGGAGCAACAACAUGGCUUUGGACACCCAUCAAACUCCAUUAUCAUAGACCAGCCUAAUGCUGGAGUGGCCAAGGAUCCCCAUCAGUCCUCCAAACUGGAACCCUCACUACCCAGCUCAGACAUGAAGCUCAACAGACUCUCAAACUCCCAGAUCGAGACCUCUAACCCCCAGAAGACCUGAGCCUGGAGCUGGCCUCCUUCCCCGUGUGCUGGGAAGUCAUCCCCACCCCAAAGAUGUCUUUAGUAAAUGCUAUAACUCAAUAAGCAUUUGUCUCUUUCCUGAAGCAGGGCAGCUGGCAAUGAAUCAGCUGUUCUUUUCACACCCAGCUUGGGUCCUGGACUCUCUGGGACUGCCUUGUACCUACUGCCUGGCCUGGAAAGCCAAAGCUAUGAUGAUCCCUGGAGAGUGCUGAAGAGAGAGACCACGGAGACCAGAAAUAAGGUGCAAGAUAGGAGAGAGGCCAUGUUUCCCCUCAGUCCCCAGCACCUUGUCCUUUCUGAUAUCCUUUUACUCAGGAUUAGGUCUUCAGAGUCUCCUGGGAACAGAAAGACUUGAAGCCUUCCUAUGACACCACUCGAAUAUCCCAUGCUGGCUGGCAGAACUGAUGAUGUGGUGUACAAAUGUAGUCAGAGGCAGGAAGUUAUGAGGGCUGGGGUCCCAGGUC